AUGAAGGGCCAAAGGAAUAUUAGCGAUUUUAUCAGCUGUUAUAGCAUUGACAAACAACCAGAGCUUAAUGAAAACGAGCUCCUUGAGAUGGCUGCUGUUCCUGUUAAUAUUGGAUCUCCAUCUUUCUUAAGAAUUCCUAACGUUGAGGAUCUUGAAUCACUUGACCCUGAGCUUAAAGGGCUUUUUGCAUUACAUGAUGAGGACGAAGAUGAGGGAAACUCCAUAAGCAACACAGACGAUGAACAGUCCCUUAUAGACGACGAAGAUAACAGGCGCCCUAUAAGAAGAGUCGAGAAUAUAUCAUUGAAUGAUCUUGAAUUAAUCAAGAGGACAUUGAAGAAGGGGAAAAUACACAAUUUUCCGAGUUGUCUUAAGGAAAUCACUCAAGAUUUUGUGUUAAGAAAUGGUAAUUUAUGCUACAUGCCCGACAAUCAUACAUUAUUGAAGGUUGUCUCAGUUGAAGAGAUUGCUGCAUUAUGUCAGACUGAACAUGAGAAGUUCCAUGGAUCUCCUAGACUUCUAAUACAGAUCAUAACACAAGGAAAAGGCUGGUUUAAUCCCCAUGCAAAGUUGAUAGCAAUGGAUACCGUACGAAACUGUACAAAGUGUGACCUAUUCAAACGAUUUCAAGAUCUUGAAGGGAACAUUGAUUCGGUGAAAAUUGUCGAACCAUUUUCAGUAUGGCACUUAGAUUUCAUUGGUCCAAUACCAGUCUGCGGAGGGCGGAAGCUGCAAACAUGUAUUACACGCGGUUGA